AUGCUAUUCGGAGCAGGUUCAAUAUAUUGUGAGGACGAUGAACGCCAUAAAAGAGACGGAUGGGGUUCUGAUAUCGGUGGCGCCGGCCCUGGUAUUAAUGGCGGCUGUCGGAUAAAGAUGCUAUUCGGCUCUGAUUCUAUAUACCGUGAGGAAGACGGAGGCAGUAAAAGACAAGGAGGAUGGGGUUGUGAUAUGGGUGACGCCGGCGCUAGUAGGAAUGGCGGCUGUUGGAUAAAGAUGCUAUUCGGCUCAGCUGAUUCUAUAUACUGUGAGGACGAUGAAGGCAGUAAAAGACGGGAAGGAUGGCGUUCUGAUAUAGGUGACGCCGGCGCUGGUAGGAAUGGCCGCUGUUGGAUGAAGAUGCUAUUCGGCGCGGGUUCUAUAUAUUGUGAGCACGAUGAACGCCAUAAAAGAGACGGAUGGGGUUCUGAUAUCGGUGGCGCCGGCCCUGGUAGUAGUGGCGGCUGUCGGAUAAAGAUGCUAUUCGGCUCUGAUUCUAUAUACCGUGAGGAAGACGGAGGCAGUAAAAGACAAGGAGGAUGGGGUUGUGAUAUGGGUGACGCCGGCGCUAGUAGGAAUGGCGGCUGUUGGAUAAAGAUGCUAUUCGGCUCUGAUUCUAUAUACUGUAAGGACGAUGAAGGCAGUAAAAGACGGGAAGGAUGGCGUUCUGAUAUAGGUGACGCUGGUGCUAGUAGGAAUGGCAGCUGUUGGAUAAAGAUGCCAUUCGGCGCUGGUUCUGUGUACUGUGAGGACGAUGAAGGCAGUAAAAGAGACGGAUGGGGCUGUGAUAUGGGUGGCGCCGGCGCUGGUAGGAAUGGUGGCUGUUGGAUAAAGAUGCUAUUCGGCGCUGGUUCUAUAUACUGUGAGGACGAUGAAGGCAGUAAAAGAGACGGAUGGGGUUGUGAUAUGGGUGGCGCCGGCGCUGGUAGGGAUGGUGGCUGUUGGAUAAAGAUGCUAUUCGUCGCUGAUUCUAUAUACUGUGAGGACGAUGAAUGCAGUAAAAGACAAGGAGGAUGA